CGCUGGAGCUUCAUCAUGGCGGCGGAGUUUCGCUCUCUGGCUAUGAAAUACCGUCAACAGUCACGAAUGAUGUCGUAAUAUUGCACUAAAACAGACACGGAUCGAGUUUUAAAGCCUUUCGUUUACAUUCUCAUUAUUCUCUGAAGGACAUCAUAUUAUUUUUCGUGUCAUCGCGAGUCUCGAUGGAUGUACAUUAACGCGUUUCUCUCAUUUACAUCGUUUGAUUUCAUCGGGUUAGUCUGGCGGAUCUGAGGUGAAAAUGUGCUUCAGGUAAUUUUCAUUUGCGGGGUACCUCAGGGCUCUGUCAGCGGCCCGUCCACGUUCAGCAUGUCCUCCACGGCUGUCCCGAAACCUUCUCCUGCGCUCUCAGUUCUGGACAAUCUCUCCAUAUCGUCUCUGCUGUCUGGAGACCUGGAGGAGGACGGCGAGAGAGCGGACGAUGAUCUGGCCGAUCUGGAGGUGAACCCCUACGACGGGCUGCCGUUUUCCUCCCGCUACUACAGUCUGCUGGAGGAGAGGAAGCAGCUGCCCGUGUGGAGUCUGAAGUUCAGUCUGCUGGAGCACAUGGAGUCGCACAGUAUGAUCGUCCUGAGCGCAGAUGGAGGAACGGGGAAGAGCACACAGGUUCCUCAGUGGUGUGUGGAGUACGCUCUGUCACAUGAGUUCUCUCAGGGUCUGGUGUGUUGCUGUCAGCCGUACGCUGCAGCCGCCUGCAGUCUGGCGCUCAGAGUGGCCGAUGAGAUGGACUUGAGUCUGGGGUUAGAGGUGGGCUACAGGGUCCCGCACGAGGACGGCUGCACCCCGGACACCAUACUGCGGUUUGUGACGGACUCCCUCUUGCUGGAGGAAAUGAUGUCAGACCCUCUGCUGCGGCAGUACGGGGUUCUGGUCAUCGACGAGGCUCAGGAGCGCACGGUGGCCACGGACGUCCUGCUGGGGCUGCUGCGUGACGUGUGCCAGCAGCGCCACGAACUCCGGGUCCUGGUGCUCACGGCGCCCGCCGCCGCUCAGACCUUCGCCAGCUUCCUGGGAGAGAGCGUUCCUUACCUCAGCGUUCCCUCGCAAACCACCGCCGUGGAGAUUCUGUACCGGGACCCGCCGACGGGACGCGACCUGGCCACAGCAUCCUGUCACAUGAUCCUGGAUCUGCACCGCAGGGGAGAGGAAGGCGAUAUACUAGUGUUCCUCCCCAGCGUGCAGGAGAUCCAGGAUUGUCGUGCGGCGCUGGAGAAGGAGUGUGUGUCUCUGAGCGCUCAUCUGUCGUCUCUGCGCGUGAUCGCGCUGCACGCUGCCGUCGGAGGCUCGACGCAGGAGCUUUACGACACCGAGAGCGUCGGGGACACGCAGCAGGACGAGCAGGAGACUCCUGCCCACAGACGCAGGGUCGUCCUCACCGACGUCUUAGGAGAGGCGUCGUUCUCCCUCCGCAACAUCCGUUACGUCAUCGACACCGGCGUCCAGCUGAAGACCAUCUACAACCCACAGAUCCGAGCGGAUUCACAGCUUCAGCAGCCCAUCAGCAAACAGCAGGCCGACACGCGAGCCCGGAGGGUCAACGGCAAACUGUCUGGUGUGUGUUUUCGGCUAUACUCUCAGCUGAUGUAUGAGGAGGAGAUGCCUGCGGCUCGCUGUCCAGCGGUGGCCGAAGCCAACCUCAGUCACCUGGUGCUGCUCCUCAAGAGGCUGGACAUCGCAGACAUGGGCCAGUGCAAGUUCCUGGACCGGCCAGCUCCUGAGGCGCUGAUGCAGGCGCUGGAGGAUCUGGACUAUCUGGCGGCUCUCGAUGACGACGGGAAUCUGUCGGAGGUGGGAAUCAUCAUGUCUGAACUUCCACUGGAGCCGGCGUUAGCCAAAGCUCUGAUUGCGUCCUGCGAGUUCGACUGCGUCAACGAGCUCCUGACCAUCGCUGCCAUGCUGACCGCUCCGCCGUGCUUCAUCACACCUCCGGUUAAUAAAGAGGAGGCGGCUGCGACGCACAGACGGCCCCUGCUGCAUCCGGAGGGAGAUCACAUGACGCUCAUCAACGUCUAUAACGCAUAUCUGCAGCAUAAUGAAGAUGAGGUCUGGUGCAGGACAAACUUCUUGAACGCCUCUGCGUUACGAUUGGCUGUGGUGAUUAGGGCGGAGCUACUGGAGGUGAUGCAGCGAAUCGAGUUGCCCGUCUCUCCUCCCGCCUUUGGUUGCCAGGAUAACAGCACCAAUAUAAAGAGAGCUCUGAUAUCAGGCUUCUUCCUGAAGGUUGCUCAUGACGUUGACGGCUCUGGGAACUAUCUGCUGCUCACACACCGGCACGUGGCUCACCUCCACCCGUUCUCGUCCUACCACUGCCGCCGGCCGCGGCCCGACCCGCCCAGCUGGGUGCUUUAUCACGACUUCACCAUCUCGCACGACAACUGCAUCUGCAUCGUAUCUGAGAUUCACCCUCAAAUGUUGGUGGAGCUGGCGCCUCAGUACUAUCUAGGGAACCUUCCGCCCAGUGACGGCCGAGAUCUGCUGAUGGGCCUCAGACAGAGUUUAUUUCCUCCGGAUGAGCAGGAAGCGAACCCUCAGGACGAAGCAGGCAAUGAGUCCAGCGCAGAGACGUGCAGCGUACAGUAACUGAGCAGCAGCUUCCUGUGAUGUUGCAAUAACACACAAACUCAGGCCACGGUGCAAUGAAGAACUCCAGACGUCUGUGAUAAGAUGUCAGUCAAUCUCACAUGAGCUUUAAUCAGGCUCAGAUUUGUUAUUUCUGUAAUUGACAUUCUAUAAAAUAUAUAUUUAUAUAUAUAUUUUUAAUAAUGAAUAAAGAAAUGUUUCUGGAUCAA